AUGCCUUUAGACACGAUAUACCUGACCCGCCACGGGCACCGCCUCAGCUGGACCAUCGACUUCCGCACUGGAACCUAUAGAGCCCAAUUCCCCACGCCAACAGGAAACCCAGCCGACCCCGCGCUGACCUCUCACGGCGUGCGCCAGUCACACGAACUAGCAGCACACAUCGCCAACCCGCAAUUCCACCCCAAACCAUUCCGCAUCUACUCGAGUCCCUUCUACCGCUGCAUCCAGACAAUCCAGCCCACAGUCGAAGAGCUGAAGAAGAUACACUCUGACGCAGACAGCCAACAAGGACGAAUUGGCUCAAUUGACCGACAUGCGGAAUUGGACAUUAGACUCGAGAACGGGCUUGGAGAAUGGUUCGGCGCAACAAACUUCUUCGACCACCCGCCACACCCAACCCAAGAAACAAUGACAAAACACUUCCCAACCGUCCUAACCCCAACCCAAACCUACAAACCCCUCCUAAUCCCCUCCCGCCGCGGCGAAACAAUAACCCAAUUACACAAUCGCGUCGCGAAAGCCUUGGAAGGUAUAAUCGCCGACGUGGACGCCGAGAUCAGCGAAUCCGAAGCCGGACUGGCUCCGUCUCAGAGAACGAGUAAGGCGAUUUUGAUAUGCGCGCAUGCGGCGCCGCUGAUUGCUAUGGGUCGGGCUUUGACGGGUUGCAUGCCGGAUGAUAGUUCGGAGGAGGAUUUUAAUGUUUUUACGGCUGGGUUGAGUACGUUUAAGAGGAGGGGGAUGUUGUCUUCUUCUGUUGGUAGGGAGGGUGGUGAUGGGAAGGAUGGGAGUGGGGAUGAGAGUCCGCUGGCUGAGGGGACGACGUUUAUGCGGGUGUCGGCCUCUGCGCCGGCUUGGAGAGGUGCAGGUGUUGGGGGCGGAUGGGAUUGUGUUGCGAAUGGGGAUUGUGGGUUUUUGAGUGGGGGUGCUGAGCGUGGAUGGCACUUUGAUGGUGAAGAAUCGUUUAAUACGGCUGGGGGACCUAUGGGGCCGCCUUCGGAGCCGGCUCCGAAUGUAGGGGCUACGAAGUUGUAA